GGUUCGGAACCCGAAAUUCGAACCAAAUUAAGACUGAGUCUUAAGAAAGCGACAGAGUUUAGUGUCCGGAAACUCUGAAAUAAUCAUUUUGACAAAGAACGAAAUGAAACCAUUUGUUAAUAUCUUUAUCACUUCCCUUUCCAAUCAUACUGUUAUCGCCAAAUGGGUGGACGCCACUUGUGCAUUGGCGUGCUGCUUUCGAUAUGAGUCUAUGACGCUGAAAAAGAAGAAGAAGAAGGAGAACACAGUCGGUGUGAGCUGAUUUAUCCAAAGGAGGCUCAUGUCAUGAGCAGAAAACAAGCUUCGUCUACUGGUUCUGUUUGACCUUGAGAGCACUCAAGCACCAAACCACCAAUGCUACAAAGAGAGCCAGUAACAAGCUUCUUCUUGACUGUGUAAAAGCAGAUCUUCUGGCAGAGAUAAUCUAAGAUAUUUUGUUGUACUUGAUGGCAUCUACAUCUCGGUUGUUCUUACGUCCUACCAUUACAUUUCUCUUCUUUAUAUUGUUGCCUCCGACUUCAAGCCUUAAUUCUGUCAGUGGUCCCACCAAACAUAGACAUGAGGUAAUUAUAGCACAUCAUGGUGCUGUUGCCACUGAUGAUCGCCGAUGUUCCAGAAUAGGGAUGAAAGUUCUUCGUGAAGGAGGUCAUGCCGUUGAUGCGUCAGUGGCUGCUGCUCUUUGCUUGGGAGUCGUAAGUCCAGCAUCAAGUGGCAUUGGUGGAGGAGCCUUUAUGCUUCUCAGGUUAGCCAGUGGGAAGGCAAAAGCCUUUGAUAUGAGAGAAACUGCCCCCUUGCAAGCUUCUGAGAAUAUGUAUGCUGCCAAUGCUACUUUGAAAACAGAAGGUGCCCUCUCCAUAGCAGUUCCAGGGGAAAUUGCGGGCCUUCACAAAGCUUGGAAACAACAUGGAAGGCUUCCUUGGAAGAGGCUUGUAAGGCCAGCUGAGUGUCUUGCUCGUUUGGGAUUUAAGAUAUCACCAUAUCUCCACAUGCAGAUGGUCAAAACAAAGUCAGGGAUCUUACAAGAGAAGGGACUCCGUGGUAUAUUCACUUCAAACGGAAGUCUCUUACAGCUGGGUGAUAUCUGCCACAACAAGAAACUGGCACAGACACUAAGAACAAUUUCAAAAUUUGGCCCAGUGGCCUUCUAUAAUGGUUCAAUUGGAUUCAAUUUGGUUAGUGAUGUUCAGAAGGUUGGAGGGAUACUGACAAUGAAGGACUUGCAAAGAUAUCGAGUUAAAUUGAAAGAACCAAUCUCUGCUAACAUUUUAGGGCUUAAAAUACUUGGCAUGCCUCCUCCUUCAGGGGGUCCUCCAGUGAUACUUAUGCUAAACAUUCUUGCUCAAUAUGCAAUCCCUUCGGGUAUUUCUGGCUCCCUUGGAGUCCAUCGAGAAAUCGAAGCUUUGAAACAUGUAUUUGCUGUGAAGAUGAAUCUUGGUGAUCCUGACUAUGUUGAUGUCUCCAAAGUUCUAUCUGAUAUGCUUUCUCCUAAUUUUGCCAAAGAGUUAAAGAAAACCAUAUAUAACAAUAUGACAUUUGAUGCUGGACAUUAUGGUGGAAGAUGGAAUCAGAUCAAUGAUCAUGGCACCAGUCAUAUAUCCAUCAUAGAUCGUGAGCGAAAUGCUGUUGCCAUGACUUCGACAGUGAACUCGUAUUUUGGUUCUCGAAUACUGUCACCAAGUACGGGGAUACUCCUGAACAAUGAAAUGGAUGAUUUCUCCAUUCCAAUGAAUGUUUCUGCAGGUCUUCCACCUCCAGCACCAUCAAACUUUAUCAAGCCUGGAAAAAGGCCAUUAUCAUCCAUGGCACCUACUAUUGUCUUAAAGAAUGAGCAACUGAAAGCUGUGGUAGGUGCUAGUGGGGGAGGCAUGAUUAUUGCUGGAACUGCAGAGAUUUUGUUAAAUCAUUUUGCCAGGGGAAUGGAUCCCUUCUCUUCUGUCAUGGCACCGAGAGUCUAUCACCAGCUGAUACCUAAUGUUGUAUACUAUGAGAACUGGACAACUGUGAGUGGCGACCACUUUGAAGUACCUGCUGAUAUCAGGGCAGCCCUUCGGAAAAAGGGUCAUGUCCUAGAAAGCCUUGCUGGCGGGACUAUUUGCCAGUUUAUAGUUCAAGAUGUAAGGACUUCUUCAAACGAAAAUGGUGGCGCUGGAAAGCUUGUGGCCGUGAGUGACCCAAGAAAAGGUGGACUUCCUGCUGGUUUUUGAACUUUUGGUAACGUUUCUUCUGCUGGAAGAUGAUUGAAAUGUGGGAUUGACAUUGUGAUAAGAGCGGCAAAUGAGCACAAGUUUUCUGUUCUUGAACAAGAUUGACGAUUUGGUUUGUUGUUGUUUAUAUUGAUCUCCUUGUGGAGUUUUCAUGGUUGUGAUAGAUUGGUCGUGGGUAAUUUCUAUCUCAUUUGCUUAUGAUAGAAGCACUAUUUUUAUAUUGAAGACAUUGAGAGCGGUAUCUCUUCUCCAUCUCAA